AUGCAAAUUUUUAUCAUACACAAUCUCCUCUUGUUGAAAAAAUUGCUUAAAAUACACAACAGCUCUACAAUAAUACACAUAAACAUAAGCAAAACAAAAAUAUCCAUUCAGUCACACAAUUGCACCACAACAACCUUUCAAAACAACCACUUCAUUGCAAAUUUUGAAACAGCUUUUGCUAUUUUCUACAAAGAUCUUAUGAUAAUGCUCAAUAUGUUUGAUACCGGGUAUUUUGUAGUUGCAGAUGGACUUAUCUUUAUCAACGAAUCAUUUAACAUGGAAACUGUUACACCCAAGACAAUUGAGAAGAUAUUUCAACAGAAAUAUAUGGAAAUUAAUCCAUCUGCCUAUAUAGUCCAACUAGAUCGACCGUUUAUAUGCGAACAGAGCAGUAAUUAUAUCUCAAUUCCAUUCUGUAACCACAAUGAAGCCAUCAACUAUCAAGUAGCAGGUGAUUCCAUAGCUGAAUUCAUCCUGCGUAAAGAAAUGCUGAAUUAUUUUCCCAGGGGCAAUAGCAAGUUUUCAAUUGGUAAAAAUCUAACGGUAUCUCAAACAAAUGACGUACUAAAUGAACAGAUACGCAUUCCAAUAGAAAUACUGAAGUCGAAUAGGUAUAGUUUCACCUGUGAUACUUCUUGGGCCAGGUGCAUGCAGAGUGUUUAUAAAAUGCUUGAUUUUAUAUUCAUUCAGGCAUUUGAGAAUGAGACUGUGGUGAAGGCAACAAUUGUAAAUGAGAAGAACGUGUUUCUACAGUUUGUAGUUAGACACGUAAACCAGGAUCUGCUUUUUUAG